AAUUUGUUUUUAUUAUUGUUAAUAUAUCUUUUUAAUCUUGAGAGAAUUAUUUUGAAAGUCAAAGAACUGGUUUCUCAUCUGUACUGUGCCCUAUCAGUUUGGCAGAGCACUACCAAUGGCCGGUUUCCUUUGACACAAGGGAGGCACAAAGAAAGGCAGUGGACAUAAAAGGGCCCCAAGAGGCUUAAUGUCGAUGAUAAAUUCAGUCAAAGGGCUCUAUCUUAGACUUUUGAUGGCCUAAUAUGCAGGACGGCGACCUUGGUACUCAGAGUACAGGCAAUCGGUCAUUAUGGCGGCGAUUAUCGACCCAUUUUCAUAUGCGGCCACCAGACGACGAUGAGCCUCAGACGUGGUGGAUUGCAUCGACUGCGAUUCCAUUGAUUGCGGCAGCUACAGGCCCUCUGGCCAAUGUGAUGUCUAUCGUGGCUCUGGUGAUGCCCUGGAGGGAUACCAUCAUUUUCGAUAAACCAGGACCGCAAGACGGAACUUACCUUCAAGUCGGUAUACACGAUCCAAAAUGGUGCACUGCCCUCAACGCUACCUCGCUUGUCUGCGGCGUGGUGGGCAACAUCUUUCUUCUCUUCAACUUCACGCAGUUAGUCCGUUACAUUGUGGCCCUACCUGCCUCUAUCAUCCUCUGGUUUCUCGCUACAGGCAUUUUGGUUGGAAUAACUGCUUCCACACAUAUCUACAACCCCCCGAUACCACCGACGGAGACAUAUUCUCAAGCGUACUGGAGUGCGGUGAUUGCGGCAGCUCUUUACUUCAUCUUAGCGAUAAUUCUCAUGAUCAACAUGUUGGGAUAUUUCCUGGGCCAUUACCCACAGCACUUUGCUCUGACAGAUGACCAGCGGACUUUGAUCUUGCAAACCACCAUGUUUGUUGUCUGGCUAACGAUCGGGGCUGCCAUCUUCUCGCGGGCUAUGAAUCUUUCAUUUGCAGAUGGUCUAUACUUUUCCGACAUCACUGUUUUGACACUGGGAUUCGGCGACAUUGUAGCCACCAACAACGUGAGCAGGGGCCUUAUUCUCCCCUACGCGGUUAUCGGCGUGAUUAUUUUGGGUCUUGUGGUGUCAAGUAUCCAUCGAUUUGCCAAAGAGCUACAUUACGACAACGUUAUCAUGGGACACAUCGAGCGGAAGCGACAGAUGGCCUUUGAUCGGUCUGUCACUGUUGGUGAGGACUUUGAGAUGGAGAUCAAAAGCCAGGUGAAGCCUCCGAUACCGCUGCGUGCGCGCCAGGGAUCCGACUCUAUAUACCGGCCUCGACCAAAGCAUCGAAAACAUCCAAUCCGAGCUACCAUUCACUCACUAAGUCAAGCAAGAGCGAAAAGGCCGAAACUUCUGAUUAUGCGAGAAGAGAAGGACAGAUUCGAUGCUAUGCGAGCAAUCCAGUGCGAGACCAUACGAUUCCGGCGGUGGAACGAUCUUUUCGUAAGUCUUUUUGCCUUUGGCGUGGUCUGGACCGGCGGUGCCGCUGUCUUUUGGCAUUUGGAAGGUAUCACGUAUUUCGAAGCUCUGUAUUUUGGGUUCUGUUCGCUUAUCACUAUUGGAUACGGUGACAUCACGCCUACAACCAACGCAGGGAAACCCUUCUUCAUUGUCUGGUCGACCAUCGCCGUCCCCACCAUGACCAUGCUGAUUUCCGAAAUGAGCGACACCGUCGUUGUCGGCUUCAAACAGGCCACAGAUCUCUUUGCGGAUUGGUUCGUGCUGCCACAGCGAGGCAAGUACCGGGACUUCAUCUCUAGGUUCCCAGGUAUAUUCAAUGCGAUGCAGCGGCACGAAGAAAAGAAACGUGUCGAACAGGGGUUUCAGGUUGGCGUUGAUGAUACAGAUGAUGCAGAGAACGGAGUGAACCGCCCGGCAAGGCAAGCCGCGGAUCGGCCAGUACACACGCUGGAAGAGCUCGCUCGUGAUCUGGCCCCGUCAGAUCUCGAACUAGCACAACAGCUUGCCUUUGCCAUUCGGCAGACCACCCUCGACGCCCUGCUGGACGAACCCAAACAGUACAGCUACGAGGAAUGGGUGCAUUUUACGCGUCUCAUCCAGUUCACAAAUCCGAAACCCGCUGGCGGGCUGGAAUCUGGCUCCUACGCCGAUGAAGACGAGUACGGCGUGCUGAACUGGGACUGGAUCGGUGAGAACAGUCCCAUGGUCGCUGGGCGGACGGAACCCGAAUGGGUGCUUGCCCGGCUGUGCGAGAGUCUAGUCCGGUACAUGGCUACGCAGGAGAACAACAGGGCGAAGGAUCUCGGGGUGGACUAUGAGAAGCCGACGCUAGAGAAAGAGGCGGAUUUGGGUGUUCUUGAUGAAGCCGAAGCCGGAGCCGAAGCUGCAUAGAUGAACGGAACGAAUGUGUGUAGAUUAUCAUGUUUAUUAUGUCUUGGCAUGACUAUGUAUUGGAUGACACCAGCGAUUGGAACAGCAUUAGUUUUAACCCACUGCAUUGAAUAAUCUGGGCCGAAGCUAGUCAAAUGCCGCGAGGCAGAGUAUCUCGCCACUAGGCUUGUGUGU